AUGAAACAGUUAAAAAAUGAUAAUAUUAUCGAUGAAAGUGGUUGUUUAAUUUUUGCCAAUCAAUGUUUACAAGAAUUGUACAAUAAAAAGGAACAUUAUCGACACGAAUUAAAUGUCAAGACCACUCGUUUAUCUGGUUAUAACUGUAGCAUGGAAUAUACUAUUAAAAAAUUUGUACAACAAGGACUUCAAUCUUUACAUAUUGAAAUCAAUGAACAUAUUGCCACGGUUCAAUAUCAUUAUACCAAUAUAAUAAUUCAACAAACUUAUUUUGCUCAAAAUCCUAAUACAAAUCAAAUACAAUCUUCGCUCUUAAUCAUAUAA